AAAAGGACACAGAAAGGGGGAGGGAGGGCUGCCGUGCAGUAGGAACUGUGCAGACACACACACACGGGGAUCCAGGGACAGCAGCCCCUUGCACUGGGAUCUAGAGCUACAGCGCGUAAGAGAGUUGACAGAAGACACUCAGACGCAUCACAAUGGCAGACAAAAUUAAAGACGCCAAGAUCAUCUUUGUUGUGGGUGGGCCUGGAUCUGGUAAAGGCACCCAGUGUGAGAAGAUAGUCGCAAAGUAUGGCUACACCCACCUGUCGUCUGGGGAUCUGCUCCGUGCUGAGGUGGCUUCUGGCUCUGAGAGGGGCAAGCAGCUCCAGGCCAUCAUGCAGAAGGGAGAGCUCGUGCCCCUGGACACAGUCUUGGACAUGAUUAAGGACGCCAUGAUCGCCAAGGCCGACGUCUCCAAGGGCUUCCUUAUUGAUGGCUACCCCCGUGAGGUGAAGCAGGGAGAGGAGUUCGAGAAGAAGAUCGGCAAACCCUGCCUGCUGCUGUACGUCGACGCCAAGGGAGAGACCAUGGUCAAGAGGCUUUUGAAACGCGGCGAGACCAGCGGCCGCUCUGAUGACAAUGAGGAGACCAUCAAGAAGCGCCUGGACUUGUACUACAAAGCAACCGAGCCCGUCAUCGCCUUUUAUGAGGGCCGCGGCAUUGUCAGGAAGGUCGACUCCGAGCUGCCGGUGGACGAGGUCUUCGCCCAAGUCGCCAAGGCCAUCGAUGCGUUGUAGUAAAACAACAUAACCACGGGGGCUGUGUAUGGUUGUUGGUUUAUUUUUCCCGUUUUCUUUCCUCAUAAGGACUAAACAUGAUCAGCAGCAGAAGCAGUACACUUUCUAACUCAUCUUGGUUAAAAGAAAGAAAACACAAGGCCAUUAAGGCUCAAAGACUGAAAGCCUUAACUCUAACACCAACCCAGCAAUAAGAAUCUAAAGUUUUAAAGUCGCAGGAAUCUGCUUAAGGCAGCAUCUGUAUAUAUAUAUUUUUCUUUAUAUAUAUAUAUAUAUAAUAUAUAUAAGUCUUGAAUUCUGUGCUUAAACUGUGCAGUAUGUGGCUCGAUACAACUCAAAGGUACCGUAUACAGGACCUUUUUAAAGCAACCUGCACUUUACUCGAUCUUUUUUCCUCUUUAAUACUGCCACAUAGUCCUUUUAUUCAUGUGCCAUUGAGAUCACACACUGUGGGGAAAACUGGUGAACCUCUGUUUACAUAUACAGUGAACCUUUAAACCUUUAAAUUUUAAAUCCUCUCACCAACUACGAAUCCAUUUCCAGCUAUAUUUAAAAGCACAGGAAUGUUUUGUCUUUCUUUUCUAUUUUUAUUUCAUCAGGAUGUACACAUGUAACAUUGGGUGUCUAUAUUGUGGUAUAUGUGGAAAAAGGAAAAUUAAAGUAGCCUUCAAUGGGAAAA